AGACAACCGUCUGGACAUCGGGGCAGCAAGUGUUUUCGCAAAAUGGAUUCUCUGGUUGUCUCAUUCUCGACUCAAGCGGAGGUCUCCAGUGAUCUAAACUCGAUUCAUAGGCCUCAUCCCAGACUUGCAGAUUACAAACCCAAGCCAGGUCACGUGCCAGAUCAAGAGCAAAGACGACUGAAAAUGCUAGAAAAGCAAAAGAGUCGGAGAUUGGAUGCAAACAAUCGAGCUCGGCAGCUUGUCGAUGUAGAUUCUGUGGCAUUUCAGUCUAACGAUGUGCAGUCUAGCAAACAUGAAAUAGGAGAUGUUGACAUGGUUUGUAAGAAAAAACUGGGGCCGUACAAAGACCAGCUGAUGUUGUCUGAAUGGUUAGUUGACAUUCCAGCCGAUUUCUCAAUGCAGUGGCUGUUCGUUGUGUGCCCUGUCGGAAAAAGAGGUCUCAUAAUAGCCUCUAAGGGUUUAACUUCAGUGUAUACAAAAAGUGGUCAUUGCGUCAAUAAGUUUCCAUCUUUGCUUCCUGGGGGAAGCAGAAAAACAGGAAUUAAAGCGACAGACUAUUCAAUACUUGACUGCAUUUAUCAUGAACAGUCGAGAACAUUUUAUGUGUUGGAUGUGAUGUGUUGGAGAGGUCAUCCUGUGUAUGACAGUGAGACUGAAUUUAGAUUUUAUUGGGCUCAAACGAAAGUUGCUGAGCAAGAUUCUAUAGCAGAACACUCUCGAUCUAAUCCGUUCCGAUUCCUGCCACUUGAGUAUCAUCAGUGCAGCCAAGAUGAAUUGGUAAAAGUGCUAACUUCAGAAAUGCCGUUCAAGGUGGAUGGUCUCCUUUUCUACCACAAGCAAACCCACUACAUGCCAGGAACUACUCCUCUUGUAACUUGGCUCACUCCAGACUUAGUUCAUGAUGUACUGGGAAUUACAAUAUCUGAUACCUUCCUCCAGUCAACGUAUGCAAAUGUCGUCCUACCAAUGGAAGCAGUGAUAACAAAGGAGAAAGCAAAGCCCAGGAAGAAAUGUCGACGAUCUUCCAAACACAAACAAACAGAAAUGGAAACAGAAAUAGAUGAAAGCAUAGACAGUAGUCACAUGGAAAUGUUUGUAACUCAUAACACUUAA